AUGUCUGAUAAUACAGGAAGGACAGAACAGAAGGUUCAAAUCAAAACCAUUGAGGAAAUGGUGCCAUUCUUCCAUAAUGAGAAGGAAAUGAUCGCUUGGUAUGACAUUGACGAAGGUCCAAAGGAGAAAUUCCUGGAAACCAAAGUCAUACUUCUGGUCGGAGGUACCGGAGCAGGAAAAAGUACUAUGGUGAACGUGUUUGCGAAUUAUCUGAUGGGUGUCGAGUCCAACAGCCCUGUUCGUUUUGAGAUUGAUAUGAAGAAAGAGGUGAGCGGGGACGGCCUAGAAUCCAGUCAGACGAAAUGGGCAACAGCUUACACUUUCCACAAUCCGAAACGCCUAAGUUUUCCUGUCACGAUCGUGGAUAGCCCCGGAUUCGGAGAUACCUCGGGACUUCAGGCGAAUCAAGUCAUCACCCAACAGAUCCGAAAACUCUUCGAUACGGAGCGAUUCCAGAUCCUGAACCGUUUGGAUGCCCUGUGCGUCGUCGUUCAAUCGCCGAAUGCCAGGUUGACUCCGGGCGAGAGAUACGUCUUCAAUUCCGUCACGUCUAUGUUCGGGAAGGACGUGACGAAAAACCUCGUCAUUCUUGUCACUUUUGCGGAUCUUCAGGAUCCGCCAGUCUUGAAAGCCGUGAAGGCAGCCUCGAUACCUUGUAAUUGGGACUACAGAUUCAACAAUUCCACGUUCCUGUCGUGCGAGAUUCCCCAAAAGAAAUCCGUCAUGAUGGCUUACUGGGACCUGAGCGAGGGUAGUUUUAUGCGCUUUUUUGAAGACCUGGAAAAGAGGGAACCCGUGGAGCUGAAAAUGACGAGGAAAGUGAUGGAAUUGGAGAAUGAGAUUAAGUCCCUCGAGAAGAACAUUGUCGACGAGCUGGAGAAAGUAGGAAAGGCGGUGAAAGCAGAGCACGAUUCUAGAAAGCAGAUGACAGAAUGGAUAAAAAAAGUAAUCGAGAACAGGAAGGAAUUGGAAGAGAUCGCGAUGCAGCCUCACCGGAUGACCAUCGAUGGAUUCAUUGAUACCCUCAUCGACUCUGAGAACAUCGAUCGACGGGGAGGCUACAAAGAGCGGCUUGGCCUGCUGCUGAAGAUCAAGGAAAUUGUGCUCAAAGAUCCAGCCUUCUCAGUCCAGGAGCAAAAUCCAGAAAACAGCCAUCUCAAUCCCGGCGGAGCGUCUACCGUCUCUCAGAAGGUAGGGGAGAGCAAUACCGCCAAAGUUCCGCCCGGACGGCCUCCUCCUCCUGGGAAGGACAAGGGUCCUGAACAAGAGGCAAGACUACUUCCCCGUGAACUUGGGAAUCCCUUCACUUGUGCCAUCUCUUAUGGGAUCCCCUUGUUUCAGGGAGCGAGCCCGAAAGACCAUGAGGAGCCCAAAGAACAUGCGACAACCAGCUCAGACGCGAAAAACCAGAUUGAUCCCGAUUCUGCGCCCACCAACAGUUCAACUAAAGCCUUGGCUGCUGCUUCUAAUGCCACCGGCAUUGUCGACUCCGGACCUCAAAACAUGGGAGAGAGCUCGAAAGACCAUGAGGAGCCCAAAGAACAUGCGACAACCAGCUCAGACGCGAAAAACCAGAUUGCUCCCGAUUCUGCGCCCACCGACAGUUCAACUAAAGCCUUGGCUGCUGCUUCUAAUGCCACCGGCAUUGUCGACUCCGGACCUCAAAACAUGAAGAUAAAUGAAGAAGCUAGCGAGGAGGAGGAGAAUGGAGAUGGGACAGGGGCAGAGGGGGACACAUCUGGAGAGGGCUCACUGAAGACAUGUCCAGAACCUUCCAUAACCAGAGAACAAACA